CAUGUGAGGCGCAGGAAGAGCUAUAUUUUUUACUUUAUAGUGAGUUUUAAAAUAAUAUAAACAGAAUAUUUAUGCAAGCCAUUAUUACUAAAAAGUCAAAUUAUUGAAACUUAUUGAAAACGUUGGAGCGAGAGUUAACACUCUGGUUCCAAAGUUUGGGUAGGGUAGGAUAGGGUAGGAUUUUCUGAAAACAUGACUUCGGCUAAACAGCUGCUCCGAUCACAGAAGGACUUACUGCUAAGUUGGAUUUGUGAGCAUCCAACUCCCCUGUUACGAUGGCUCUGUGAUGAUGAGGUGCUUUCUCACACUGCCUACACGUCUUUACUGGAAAAAUCAUCUUCCGAAGCUGUAGCCCAGGCUCUGGAAACAGCAUGUGCCUCGGAAGAAAGCAGCCAAAAGUUCCUGGAGGUGCUGAGGGAAGUGCAGGAUUAUUACUGCAAGGAUCUGCACCUAUGGGUUGAUAAACACUGCAGAUCAAACCCAAGCAUACUGCCACAAACUGAAAUGGUAAAGGAUCAAGAUAAACAUAAGAAGCCUAAAGGACCAAUUGCCAAACUAUUCAGAAGGAAGAACAAAGUAUUCUCUAUAACAGCAGGUGUGAAAGGUAAAAAAGAUCUGAAGCUAAUAAGGACUCAAAUAAUGGCCAACCUUAAAGUUCCAAUUGCUUCCCACAAGGCAUCCUUACUGAAGCGCAUGGAGGAGCUGACAUGUUAUUCUGAGGGCAGCAGAGAAGUUUCAAACUCAGAUUCCCAUAUUGAGAUCCGCUAUACUGACCUCUUUGUGACGGAGGACAAUGACUUCACUGACAGCAGCCAACAUGAAUACUUUGACCUUGCAAGCAGACGAGCCCGUAUCUAUGUCCACCAGUCAUGUCAGCGCAUCAGGCCAAGCCAACUACUGAGCCCUUUAGAGACAACAGGACAGCCACCUAAAAGGGUGAAAGUGAAGGGUAUUGCUGGCAUUGGAAAGAGCGUAGUGGUCCAGAAACUUGUCUAUGAAUGGGCAAUUGGAAAGAGCAUGCGAGAAUUCAUCUGCAUUUUUGGUCUAUGUUUCAGGGAGCUCAAUCUGAUUGAAGCUCCGCUCAGUUUGUUGGAUCUUCUUGGAGAACGGUUUGGAAACCUCAAAGAUGCUCUUCAAGACCUGUUUACUGCACCCAAAUCAUUGCUCUUCAUCCUAGAUGGCUUAGAUGAGUUUAAAUUCUUCUUGAACUGGAACAGUCGUGACACAAACAUUGGUAUAGAAUCAAAGUUGCCAGUCGCUGAGCUGAUAGUUGCUCUGAUUAAAGGAAAUCUUCUGCCAGAGGCAUCCAUCAUACUCACAACAAGGCCAUCUACAGAAGCACCAAAGCAUUUCUUUCAGAGAUGCUGUGUGGUACUGGGCUUUGAGGAAAACCAGGUUAAAGAAUAUACCACAAAGUUCUACAAAGACAGAGAAGUCUCAAAUAAAGUCUAUAAAUACAUUUCCAACAAUGACAACAUUUUUGUAUUGUCCUUCAUCCCCCUAUAUUGCUAUAUCAUCUGUAUAGCUAUGGCAGAGUUCUUCUCAGGAACCCAAGCUGUUGAUGAUCUUGAAUCUCUGGAGUUGAAUCCACCCAAAACAGUGAGUGAGGUUUACCUCUGCUAUCUGUUUACAGUAGUCAAACACCAUGCACUGCGCGGGAGUGCAGAAAGAUCAGCUUCAAGAUCUAAAGUUCUGUCCCUAGCUAAGCAACAGCUGACAAACCUGGGAAAACUGGCUUAUGAAAACCUCUUGAAGAGGAAGAUCAUGUUCAGUGAGGAAGAUCUUGAGAGUUAUGGUGUAAAAUCAGAUCAGAUUCAAGGCACCUUUUUAUGUCAGAUCCUUCACCCUCUCAAAGAGGAGAGAGUUAGGCUGUUUUCUUUCUUCCACUUGACAGUUCAAGAACAUUUGGGCGCUCUCUACUGUGCUCUAAACCUCCUCAGCCACGAGGGUAUAACUCAAGCUUUGAACCUCUGGUGCUUUGGGUUGCAUCCACCAUCUACCUCUUCUACACUACUUAAACACAUGGAGCUCGACAUGGAAAUGCUAGAAAGUCUUCAGAUGUUCACACGGUUCUUUAUGGGACUUCUCCGAGCAAGAUUAGAAAAGCAGUUAGAUGGCCUUGUUGACUCCUCAACAGAUGAAGGGAAUGGCAUUCACACCAGUCUGGGCUUGUGGUUUCAAGCCCAGUUUAAACACAGGAAGAUGAAAAAUGAAACCGCAUUGAAUCUUUUGCACUGCCUGAUGGAGUUUCACAUGGAAAAGACCACUACAAUUGCAGCACCAGAGAUAAAGAAACUCAACUUGUUUAAAAUGAAGUUGAGCAUUGUGGAUUGUGCAGCAAUGCACUAUGUGCUGAAGUUUUCUCCACACACGCUUGAGGAACUCAACCUGGGGUACUCCAACAUUGGAAACCGAGGAUUACAUCGACUAAGGCCAAUCCUCCACCGCUGUGAAACUCUCUAUUUGAGAUACAACUGUCUGGACUGGCAAGCUGCAAUUUUAGAAUCUGCAGUUCUGAAAUCAAAUGAAUGCCAAGUGAAGAAACUCUUUAUGUGUGGAAAUAACCUGGGUCCAGAGGGAGUUAAUGAACUGUGGAAGGCUUUAGAGCACAACACCACUGUUGAAGAGCUCUAUCUGGACAUUACUGGCAUUACAGAAAAGGGGACGGAAAACAUUGUUAACUGCCUCAGCAAAAACACAUCACUGAGGAUACUGACAAUUGUUGGAAAUGAUAUCGGAGAUCUGGGCAGAGAAAGAUUAAGAGAACUGCAGAAACUGAGAGCAGAUCUUAGGAUUAUUGCAAACUUUGUGGAUGAUUUAGGGUUGCUCCAGGCCUACCUGGACUGGGUGGAGGAGAUUCGUGCAGACAGGGAUCAGAUGGACUCGGUAAAGAAUGUGGACGCCCUGCAGUCGGUGCUGAAGGGGCUGCAGCAAGUUGGGGGAAACAUGGCAAAAGGACAGAAUGCAAAUAAAGCCAUGGAACUAUACACAAAGACUGAGGAGUUGCUGAAUUCGCACCUGAUUGGAUGGAGAUGAUCAUAGAUUUUGUUUACUUCAACACUUUACUUCAACAAUAUGUUAAAUAAACUGACAUCAUGAAUACAGUCAACUAAACUUGGUUUUAAACUAAUGCUGAACAUUAUAUCAGUAAUGAGUACAUUUUGUUUUCAUUGAAAAUAUGGCAGAGAUCAAACUUUGUAUGCAUUUUUUAAAUACACUUUUAUAUUUCUUUAAAAAAAGGUUAUUUAAUUCUAUCAACGAAGAAAUAAAAAACAGAAAUACUUUACAUGUGUUUACUUUUCAUAUUAUUCAAUAAGGCAAAUUAACAAAAAAUAUUUUAUCUUGUCAGUGCAGUUACAGUUGUAGGCAUGCCUUACUUUUUCUAUAGCCAACUACAGAUGUUUCCAUAACUAGGGUAAUUUAGAUGUUACCUUGAAUAAAACAUUUGAAAAGGCAUCUGUCUGCACUUUUUGUGCUGACAGAUAUUAUUCAUUGAUAAAACAGUUUGAUACCACUGUUGAACUUUCAUAAUAUUGCCUAACUCAGCAUUUUCAGUUCUUGUAUUGCAUUCCAUU